UCAGGGGUGGAGGAUGCCAGGUAGGGGCAAGUCCCAUCUAGACGAGUUCCCUCCUUCAGGCAUUCCUAGAUCUCUGGUCAUUCUUUUCCAAACAGGAGAAGGUCGCCUGGUCUUAUAAAGCCGGGAGAGAGGUCUGAAGGGUCCGAGGGCCCUUCACCUGCUGAGGUUUUCCAAGGCCUUAACCCUCCCUGCUCUUCACAGGAUUCAGUGCCCACAAUAAUUAGCGUGCAAUAAUUAACUGGUGAGUGGCCUUCGCCCGAUCCCAGGCCCCCCUCCUGGGCCACAUUCCCCGCUGCCUGCCCUACUGCCGGUCUCCUAGGCCACUAAACCUCGGCUGUGCUCCAGAGUAGGGCAAGGGGGACUGCGGAGCCGAGCAGAAGCCUGAGCGGAACCAGGAACACUUCCUCUCCCAGGGACUGACAUGGCCCAGCGGGUAACAACACAGCUGUUGCUCCUUCUGGUGGGGGUGGCCGCAGUAUGGGCGGCCCGGUCCAGGACUGAGCUUCUCAAUGUCUGUAUGGACGCCAAGCACCACAAGGAAAAGCCAAGCCCGGAGGACGAGCUGCAUAAGCAGUGCAGCCCCUGGAAGAAGAAUUCCUGCUGCUCCACCAACACCAGCCAGGAAGCCCAUAAGGAUAUUUCCUACCUGUACAGAUUCAACUGGAACCACUGCGGACAUAUGACACCUGCCUGCAAGCGCCACUUCAUCCAGGACACCUGCCUGUAUGAGUGCUCCCCUAACCUGGGGCCCUGGAUCCAGGAGGUGAACCAGAGCUGGCGCAAGGAGCGCAUCCUUGAUGUGCCCCUGUGCAAAGAGGACUGCCAGCAAUGGUGGGAGGACUGUCGCACCUCCUACACCUGCAAGAGCAACUGGCACCAGGGCUGGGACUGGACCUCAGGCUAUAACCGGUGCCCAGCAGGAGCUGCCUGCCUUCCCUUCCAUUUCCACUUCCCCACACCUGCUGCUCUGUGCAGUGAAAUCUGGACUCAUUCCUACCAGGCCAGCAACUACAGCCGAGGGAGUGGCCGCUGCAUCCAGAUGUGGUUUGACCCAGCCCAGGGCAACCCCAAUGAGGAGGUGGCGAGGUUCUAUGCCAUGGCCAUGAGUGCUGGGGCCCUGCCCCGAGGGGUGGAGCCUCUUCUGCUCAGCCUGGCCCUGAUGCUGCAGCUCGGGCUCCUGGGUUUAGCUCCUUUUACUCUCUGAUACCUGCACAGCCCUGCCCUGUUGAGCCCCAAAGCUCCUAGCCAUUCACCUCCUAUUCCUCGGCCAGGGAUAGGGCUCUGACCGACAGUUUGAAUAAACCAGACACCCACCAGG